GUGAGAGCGCGGAGCGAGCGGCAGGGAGCUGGAUACCCUGGACAGCGCUUUGCUUCUCUCGCCCGCCCCAGCGCCCGCCUGGCCACCGCACCCCUCUCGUCCGCACCAUGGAGCAGCUGAAGGCUUUGGACUGGGAAAUAAACACAUUUGUGGAUUAUAUGUUUGGGCCUCGAGAUUCCAGGGUCAGAGGAUGGUUCCUGUUGGAUUCUUACCUACCCACAUUUUUCCUUACUGUAGUAUAUCUACUUUCCAUAUGGCUGGGUACCAAGUUUAUGAAGAACAGGCCUGCAUUCUCUCUCAGGGGUCAUCUCAUUGUGUAUAACCUUGGAGUUACAGUGCUUUCCUUGUACAUGCUCAUAGAGCUUAUGCUCUCCAGUUGGGAAGGAGGCUAUAACUUACAGUGUCAGAACCUUGUCAGCGCAGGAGAAGCUGAUAUCCGGGUGGCCAAGGUGUUGUGGUGGUAUUAUUUUUCCAAAGCAAUUGAAUUCAUGGACACUAUUUUCUUUGUACUGAGGAAGAAAAACAGUCAAAUUACUUUCCUUCAUGUAUACCAUCAUGCCACUAUGUUUAACAUCUGGUGGUGUGUUCUGAACUGGAUCCCCUGUGGACAAAGUUUCUUUGGACCCACUUUGAAUAGUUUUAUCCAUGUUCUCAUGUACUCCUACUAUGGAUUUUCUGUCAUUCCUUCCAUGCGCAAGUAUCUGUGGUGGAAGAAAUACCUCACUCAGGCACAACUGAUUCAGUUUCUGCUCACCAUUAUCCACACUCUUAGUGCUGCUGUGAAGCCAUGUGGAUUUCCAUUUGGUUGCCUCAUGUUCCAGUCUUCAUACAUGGCCACACUGGUUAUUCUGUUUAUAAACUUUUAUAUUAAGACGUACCAGAAAAGGCCUUCAAGAACCGAUAUGAAGAAGGUCCCUCCUGUGACAGAAAUCAGGAAUGGUUUCCAUAAAGAGUACUUCACUGCAGCCAAUGGGGUACUGAACAAUAAGAAAGCACAAUAAGUACAGUAACUCAAUACUACAUUGUAGUAUUUUUCACUUUUUCUAAAUAAAAAGAGACUGAGUUACAAGACACAGUUUUAGUGUAAACUCUGACUCAGUUUGGUUACAUUUAUCAGGUCUUUAUACCAGACAUUUAUUAAUGUAUUGCUAUUUAGAUUUUAACAGUGUGUAGCUUUAAGUGCUUUGUCCAAGAUCACCAUCAAAAUGAGAGAGGCCAUGUGAGGCAUCAUCCCCUUCCCACAUGCAAAAAGGUACAUUCGUCAAUCUCUAAUGCUGACACAAUGCCUUACAAAACAUUUCACUGGGAAACCCAAAGAGUGGUCACAUUUUCAUGGUAGCCUUCAGAAGGUAGGGUUUUAUUCAGACUAAAAGGUUUUGGCACAUCCUAUGUGCAUGGAGGGCCUCCAGAAUACCUGUGUCAUACUCUGCUGACUUAAGCUGAAAGGCAGCUGAGUGGUCAACCUGUUUUGACUAAUUUAGUCAAGACCACUUAUGGAAAUCAAACGGGAUAGAUAAUUCAUACCAGUGCCCGACUCCAUUAGCACCUCUGUUCUGCCCCUUCACAGCCUCUCUCAAACACACUCCAUCAUGUGUCAGUCCCGAGGACAUCAAACCUCCCUCCAUCAUCAUAGAUGAUAUUUUCAUUUCUGGAAAAUAAUGCAACUAAUGACAGAAUAAUUAGUGCCAUAGUCCCUGUGCCCCACAUUUACAACUUCAGCACGCACAGAAAUAUGCACCACACGUUUGCUUUAUGCACAUAGGGCCUAAUCCAAAACUCAUUGAAGACAACAGGAGUCUGUUGACUUCAGUGGGUUUUGGACCAGGCCUACAGUCUCUUUGGCCUUGUCUAGAUUAGGGUGUAAAGGCGUGAUGUUAGAUGCCGUUACCUAACUCCAUUUAAUUAACUCCUCUGAGAACUCUAGUCGAGACAAAGGAGCUGUACUUUAGAGCGAGCUAGUUGGUCCAGUUAAAGCUAGGAGGAAUUUCUGAGUAAAUUCUUUGACCACUUGUCACAAAAGCAGAGUUGACAGGAAAUCCCAUGAUUUUUAACUCAAUUUAAAAACUAACCUAGUGAGGACAGGUCCUUAAAAGCCACAAAGAGUCUCAAAUGCAUGUGAAGGAAAAUACCAAUGCACAAACAGCCUGCAUAUGAAUCAAAUUCCCAUGCCAUAUGAGAGGACUCCGGAAAAUAAAUUGAACCUAAAAGGAGUGAAUCCCACAGAAUCCAGGGCACAUCCUAUAGGAAUUGCCAUAUCAGAACUGAUUAGUAGCCCACCGGCCCAGUCUCCAGCAGUCACUAG